GAACAAAAGAGAAAAGAGGGAGGACGAGAAGUUUUCUGGGGAACUGGUGCAUCGAACGCCGGUCAUAAAAAUAUCCUACAGCACUCCGCAAGGGAAGGGCGAGGUUGUGAAAAUCCCUUCCCGGGUCCACGGCGCGGUCAAGCCCUUUUGCGCAGAGCGGGCGUUGCAGAACGGAGCGGAGGACCAAGAGGAGAGCAGGGACGCCGAGCGGUGCCGAGAAACCAAGUGUCUGCUGGACAGGUCGGCGGGCAGCCAGCUCGCCCCCCUCCCCCAGCUGAAAAAAAACCGCAGCUCCGACGUCCCACCCCCAAAGAUACGGCUGAAGACCCACCGCGUGAACGACGGCCAGAGCGUUUCGAUCUACAAGGCAGAGCUUAUUGACGAAAUCAACGUCCUCCAGAACAGCCACGAGUCCAACCCGGGCGCCUUUUACAACGACGAGUCCGCAGACAGGAGUUUGGCUGAGAUCUCCUCGGGGAGCUCAGGUGAAGACGACGACUUUAAGAGGUUUCCCCAGGGUAAAGAUGGACAUGAGAACUUGGCUUUCCUUAUGAAUUACCGUAAAAGAAAAGCAGACUCUUCUAGCUUGUCGGUGUGUAGUAACGACAGCCUGGACGAGUCCAAGUCUUCCAGCUCAGAAGUGGCAUCACCAGAAAUGUGUGACUUUCUGCCUGGCGACGACGCGUCCGUCUCCUCCUCUUCCAAGGAUGAGCGUAAGAUCGUGCCGCCACUGACAGUCAGACUGCACACCCAGAGCGUGUCCAAAUGCGUCACGGAAGACGGCAGGACUGUGUCGGUGGGGGAUGUUGUUUGGGGUAAAAUUCACGGGUUUCCAUGGUGGCCAGCACGUGUUCUCGACAUCAACCUUAGCCAGAAGGAAAACGGGGAGCCUUCGUGGCGAGAAGCUAAGGUGUCGUGGUUUGGUUCUCCGACGACCUCGUUCUUGUCUGUUUCAAAACUCUCUCCUUUCUCGGAAUUUUUCAAACUGAGAUUUAAUCGCAAGAAGAAAGGGAUGUAUCGGAAAGCUAUCACAGAAGCUGCGAAGGCAGUGGAGCAUCUGACUCCAGAAAUAAGAGAUCUCUUAACGCAGUUUGAGACAUAACUUUGCCUCCAGUAUCAGGUGACAGAGGAGGAGCAGAGCUGUUCUCCAGA